UGACCAACGGUCGCGGGAAGUCCUUCUUUUGCCACGCGCGUGAUAGGAAGAAUCUUCAGUUAGUAGUUGACUCAUUCAAAACUUUUUUUGUAAACAUUGGUGUGUUUUUUGUGUGAUUUUAACACGGAAACACGCGUUUUCUAGCGUCUGCGACUUAUUAAGAAGCUAGUGACGGAUACUGGAGCUCAACUGGACCGAGGAUAUUGUGUUUUAUUGUAGUUAUAACACCGUUUCAUCGACGUUGACGCCAUUUCUCUCCGCUCUGGAUGGGCGUGUUGCAGUUACAUGUUAACGGACCUUUAAGCGACAUUUUGGGACAGUUUUCGGACACGAUACCUUUCAUUUAAGGUAGUAAAAAGUGUGUUUUUAUUGUAAGUAACGCUACUACAACAGUAGUGGUGUCCAACCGUGUGAUUUCGUCGACGAGAGCAGGGUUUAAAUCCUGAAAAAUGUCGAGCUACAGUCGCCACCGACACGGACCUGCGUCUUCUAAAGCUCCACCGAUCCGACAGAAGCUCCAGUUCACAUCCAGCGACGGAGAGGAUGAGCCCAUAGAGGACGUUAACAACAGCACCGGAGGAGAGUCCGGCUUCACGGAGAUGGACUCCCCGAUGCCAGAGAGACGAGACACCGUGGACAAGCUGCUGCUGGAUGGAGACGGAGGAGGCAGCAGCAGCCCGUUGAAUCAGUCCGACGUGGAGCUGUGGGACGAGGAGAGCUUCGGGUCUCCGUCGUCUCUCCUGCGGUCACCGAGCAGCAGCGUGAUCUUCAACACAUGCUCACCGUCACCGAGGAAGGCUUCUCGGUUGUACGGAGGAGUUGGGGGGUCACCGGAGAGAUCCUACAUGCAGGACGACGGAGAAGCAUCCAGUUCACCGAUCCCAGACUGCCCCGACACACCUCCACACAAAACCUUCAGGAAACUCAGACUAUUUGACACUCCACACACACCAAAGAGUUUGCUGUCCAAAGCCAGGAGCUCUGGCUCGGGAUCCUCCAGCAGGAGAGUUGCCCUGUUCAAGAAUGUGGAGCCUUCAGGAAAGUCAAUCACAGACAGCAUCAAGAGACAGCAGACCCCUCUGGUCAACUUUAACCCCUUCACCCCUGACUCAAUCCUCAUCCAGUCUGCCACACAGCAGAGAAACAGGAAGCGAGCACACUGGAAUGACUCUUGUGGAGAAGACAUGGAGGCAAGUGACGGUGAGGGAGAGGAGGAAGCUUUGCCACCAUCUAAGAGGAUCACCAUGAUGGAAAGCAACAUGAUGUCCAGGUACACCUCCGAGUUCCUCGAGCUGGAGAAGAUCGGCUGUGGAGAGUUUGGUGCUGUGUUCAAGUGUGUGAAAAGACUCGAUGGCUGCAUCUAUGCCAUCAAGCGAUCAAAGAAACCUCUGGCAGGAUCAGUAGACGAACAGAACGCCCUACGGGAGGUGUAUGCCCAUGCCGUGCUGGGCCAACAUCCCCACGUGGUGCGUUACUACUCAGCCUGGGCCGAGGACGACCACAUGCUCAUCCAGAACGAGUACUGCAACGGCGGCACGCUAUCAGACGUCAUCUCAGAGAACUACAGGCGACUCAGUUACCUGACUGAGCUGGAGCUGAAAGAUCUGCUGCUGCAAGUCACUCGAGGACUCAAGUACAUCCACUCUACGUCUCUGGUGCACAUGGACAUCAAGCCAAGCAACAUCUUUAUUUCCCGAAAGUCUACAUCCAGCUGUGAUGAAUGUGAUGACGACGAAGCGCUGACCACCAACGUCGUCUACAAAAUAGGUGAUCUCGGUCAUGUGACACGAGUGAACAAUCCACAAGUGGAGGAAGGUGACAGCCGAUACCUGGCCAAUGAAGUUUUACAGGAGGACUACAGUAAGUUGACGAAGGCAGACAUCUUUGCUCUGGCUCUGACUAUCGUCAGCGCCUCGGGGAUCGAGCCUCUUCCCACCAACGGAGACAAAUGGCAUGAGAUCCGACAGGGCAAACUCCCUGCCAUCCCUCAAGUGCUUUCUCCAGAGUUUCUCAGUCUUCUCAAGCUGAUGAUGCACCCUGAUCCGAGCAGACGGCCAUCAACGUCUGAGCUCAUCAAACACCCGGUGCUCCUCACUGCUGCCAGAAUGAGUGCCGACCAGCUCCGAGUCGAGCUCAACGCAGAGAAGUUCAAGAACGCACUGCUCCAGAAGGAGCUGAAGAAGGCCCAGCAGGCUCGAGCUGCGGCAGAGGAGAAGGUUUUGACCACCGACAGGGUCCUGACCCGCUCCACAGUCCAGUCAAACCCCAGAACCACCAGACUCAUCGGCAAGAAGAUGAACCGGUCCGUCAGUCUCACCAUUUACUGACACUGUCAUCCGCUCUGACAGGAAGUGAAACACGAAGGCUCAUGGACCUUUUUAAAUCAAAACCCGUUCAGAUGGAUCAGUCUCUUUUAGUUUUUCUUUACGAGGAGCACCAUGUCUGUCGUGGUGGAAGAUGUUGAACUUGAACUCAUCUCGAUAGACUCUCAUUGCCAACAUAGUUCAGCCCUUUUUCCCGAUGGAUUUCUACUUUGGAAAAUAAACUUUCAUUCCUGAAAGGUAGUUUACUUUACCUUUUUACACUCGGUCAUUCCUUAAGUUUUGCAUAGACGUCAGGCUCUCUCUCCGUUUCUGUCCUUGCACUUCGCUUCGACAAAGCCGAAGCCCGUUGGCUGCGGAUCGAAGCCGCAGUGAAGCUCUCUUCAGAGUGAAUGUACUUGCCAUGCGCACCUUACUGCCUGUCAAAUGCCUGAUGCUGGGUACCAGAGGGUCUGAGAACUGACGAUUUGUGUGUUUGUAUGGAGCACUUUGGAGGCAACACCAGCCACAUUUUUUUUAAAGAGAAAAAAAAGAAAAAACCUGCUGCUAUUGAUGUUUUGUGUGUAUCGGGGUUUGGCCCAGUUCAGGUUGGAUCGUUCUAGAGGCUCUUAUUUUCAAGUGGCAGGAGUCCGUUUCCCCACCAUUUAAUGUUUAAUCUUCUGGUCGGAUGGAGAAUGGAUCAUGCCAUUUGUGGAAAAAAAAUCAUCCGUUUUGUUUUGAAGUACCACAACCAGUGAGCUGACUUAUCUGUGAGGUUAGAACUGAUCCAUAGUGUUUUAAUUUCCCCUGUUGAUUGGUGCUGCCAACCCUGCCUGUAGCAUUAGCACAAUCAUUGUCCUGUUCUUUUAGGUUCUCAUGUGUUCGAUUAUUUCUUUCCUACAACAUUCAUCUUCAAAUUAUUGUUUAGAAGUCAUUUUUUUGUUCUUGUAACCUCUUAACACAAAACAAAUCUGUUGUUGUAACCUUGUACAUAUGUUCUUUUAAUAAAUUCUCACCAUCUACACUUAA